UGUUAACUCAUUCACUGCCAGCCAUUGGCAGUGAAUGAGUUAAACCCGUUGACUCAUUCACUGCCAUUGACGGCUAUAGCCAAUGGCAGUGAAUGAGUUAAUAAUAUCAGCAGCAGUGCAGUAACCCUCCUGAACUCUAUUAAUGUCUAAAAACUUAGCCUGACUCCUCCCUCAGAGCUAACCUGCUGGUUUUGAGACUGAAAACUUUGCUUUUAUGGAAAUGACUGAUCUUCCUGGACUGAGCAGUGACACAGAAAUGAAAAACAGGUUCAGGAAAAGUAAAAAAAAAAAAAGUUAUUUCAGCAGAAACUCUGAGUUCACUGUCCUCAGGAAGGAAAGUGCUCACAUCUGCACGGACAGAUGGAAACAUCCAGAUCUCUGAAGGUCUCCGAUAUUUAAAAGCCCCAGCAUGUUUAAAACGGAGUUUUCUUAGAUCUUCUGAUCAUAUCUUUUAUUUCUUUAAAGAUUCCCCCCUUUCUUUUUUAUUUUUUAAAGGGAAGGACUAUGAAAUUCAUCCUGCAACAUGACUGACUUCCUGUUGUAUGUUAUGCAAAGCAGAGGACAAGUAAAGCGAGUCAGGAGAAUUGCACAGAAUUCAUUAACAAGUCAAAAAUCGCCUCUGUGAGCUGAGCCGCUCCGUUUGAUCCAUGGAGGCAGCGUCACUUCCAGACUAAGAAAUCAUGACUGAGUGUUUUCAGAUGCUAUCUCAUAGCCUUAGAUCUGAACACCUGCAGCUUUCAUGUGAUUGGUCCUUUUCUUCUUUGUAUUUGUGGCCAUAAACGCUUUAAUUAUCGGCUAAUAGUCUGUCAUCAGUGUCAGCCAGUCAGGAAGCAUUCAGCCCUCCUGCAGGAAGAGGUCACGCCAGGUGAAGCGACUGCUUUAACCUCCAGAUCUACAGAAGAACAAAAACAGGAACCAUGUGUUAGACUGCCAGGUCAGCCUGGGGUUCACCUGUCAGGUGUCCUACCUGUCGGGCAGACCCUGUCCAUCUGUUGUGGUCCCAUUGGUCACAGGGUCUGUGGAGUCUUUAAAGAGCGAUGAAGAGGAGUCGGAUGUUGGCGGUUCUGGUGGGCGGAAUCUUCUGCGUGGCUGUGAUGUCACUGUACCGCAUGCUGGACCUCAUGCAGGGGUCAGAGUCUAAGCGAUAUGGGGAGCCACCUGGUGGACAGGUGGAUGAGGAUUUGGCCCACCUCCAGCAGAAGAUCGACGGGUUGGAGCGUCUCCUUAGCGACAACAACCGAUUGGUUGCCAUGCUCCGUGACACUCUGCUCCAAAGCAAAGCAUCAGCGUGGAAAAGAGCCAACAACAGUAUAGACUCCGCCCUCGGCAGGAGGGGUGAGGCUCUUCCUGGCUGCCGAUUGGCUAAAGAGAUGAAGGAUGGAGUGGACGGAGUUCAGCUGCUGGAUGUUUAUGACCUCCUGCCCUUCGAUAACCCCGAUGGCGGUCCCUGGAAGCAGGGCUUUGAGAUCACUUACAAGGGCGACGAGUGGUCGGAGCAACCUCUGGAGCUCUUCCUGAUUCCACAUUCACACAACGACCCUGGCUGGAUAAAGACGUUCGACGCGUACUACCACGACCAGACGAGACACAUCCUCGACAACAUGGUGGUCAAACUGAGCGAGGACAGCAGGAGGAAGUUAAUCUGGGCUGAAAUCAGUUAUUUCUCCAAGUGGUGGAACGACAUCGACGACCAGAAGAGAGCAGCAGUCAAACGCCUGGUGGAGGCGGGGCAGUUGGAGCUGGUAACGGGCGGCUGGGUGAUGCCCGAUGAGGCAAACUCUCAUUACUUCGCUAUGCUGGAUCAGCUGAUGGAGGGACACCAGUGGCUGCAGAAACACCUGGGUGUGAAGCCGAGGAGCGGCUGGGCCAUCGACCCAUUUGGCCACUCCCCCUCUAUGGCGUACCUGCUUAAGGGGGCGGGGCUUCACAACAUGCUCAUCCAGAGAGUUCACUACUCUAUCAAGAAGCACUUUGCCCAGCAACAGACCCUCGAGUUUCUAUGGCGACAAAGCUGGGACUCCUCCUCCCGUAGUGACAUCACAUGUCACAUGAUGCCCUUCUACAGCUAUGAUGUGCCGCACACGUGCGGUCCAAACCCAGCGGUCUGCUGUCAGUUUGACUUCCAGCGGUUGCCUGGGAGACGGACCUUCUGUCCAUGGAAGAUCCCACCAAAGCCAAUCACAGACCAGAAUGUCCAUGAGAGAGCGCUCCUCCUGCUGGAUCAAUACCGUCAGAAGUCGCGACUCUUUCGCUCAUCUGUCCUUCUUGUUCCUCUUGGCGAUGACUUUCGAUACGUUGAGUCAAGAGAGUGGGACGUUCAGUUCAACAACUACCAGAAACUCUUUGAUUACUUCAACCAGCACCCAGAGCUCCACAUCAAGGCUCGUUUCGGGACGCUUUCUGAUUACUUCCAGGCUCUUCAUCGGCGUCUGAGCACCACGAGAACGACUCUGCCGAAGCUCCGAGGAGACUUCUUCUCGUAUGCCGACCGAGACGAUCACUACUGGACCGGGUACUUCACAUCCCGGCCAUUUUACAAACGCCUUGACAGGAAGCUGGAGGCCACGCUGAGAGCAACAGAAAUCCUCUUCAGCCUGACACUGGCUGAGAUGCGUCGUUCCCAUAGCGAUGGUCGUCUGGCUGAAAAUUUUCCAGCACGUGAGUACUUCCAGUGGCUGACAACGGGGAGGCGGAACCUGGCGCUCUUCCAACACCAUGACGCCGUCGCUGGCACCGAACGGGAGCAUGUGGUGGUUGACUAUGGUACCAGGUUAUUCCAGUCGAUCCUGAAUCUACAUCAGGUGUUGCAGAGCUCCGCUCAUUGGCUGCUCCUACUGGACAAGAGCCAAUAUCACCACGACCAAUCAAAGCCCUUCUUACAAAUGGACGAAGUGAUCUCGGCGCAGGACGCUCUGCCUCAGAAGACCACGCUCUCACUCAGUUAUGAGCCGAGGUCACUGAUCAUCUUUAACCCCACCGAGCAGCUCCGUACCUCUGUCAUCAGCGUCGUCGUUGACUCUCCGGACGCACAGGUUAUUGACGCUGAAACGGGCCGACAAAUGUCCACUCAGAUCUCUGCGGUGUGGGCGGAGCCAAGCCGGCCAUCCACAGACACUUUCCAGCUCUCCUUCGUGGCUGAACUUCCUCCUCUGUCACUCGUCGUGUACCAUGUGACCAAAGCAUCCUCUGGCUCCACCCCUCGGGCACGCUACACAGUCCAUCGUCGUGGCAACCCGCUAGAUAUCCACACCGAGCACUUCCAGGUGUCCAGCCUUCAAGGAUCUGAGGCAGACGCACCCCUGUCACUUAGCAACAAACACGUCCAGAUAUGGAGCUCACCUGAAACGGGCCUGCUGGAGAAGCUCCGCCUGCAGUCUGGUCUAGUCCGUAAGAUCCAGGUUCAGUUCCUGUGGUACGGAACCAGAACCGGAUCCCGGGACAAGAGCGGGGCCUACCUGUUCCUGCCCGCGGAUGAGGGGGCUCAGCUCUAUACAUCCUCUGAACCUCCAUUGGUCCGCAUCUCCAGAGGUCCCAUCUUCUCUGACAUCACUUCCCAUUUCCCACACUUUACACACACAGUGCGACUCUUCCACCUGGAUGGGCAUGCUGGGAAAUCCCUGGAGAUUUCAAACUUGGUGGACAUUCGGUCUCAGGUCAAUCGUGAGCUCGUCAUGAAGAUUGUUAGUGACGUUGCCAGUGGCAACCGCUUCUACUCUGACCUCAACGGUUUCCAGAUGCAGCAGCGUCGAACGCUGGCAAAGCUCCCCCUGCAGGCUAACUUCUACCCGAUGACAUCAGCGGUAUUCCUGCAGGACUCGACGAGUCGCCUGUCGCUGCUGUCGGCUCAGAGUCAGGGUGUCGCGUCACUCAAACCAGGUGAACUGGAGCUGGUGUUGGACCGGCGCCUGCAACAGGACGAUAACCGCGGCCUUGGGCAGGGUGUCACCGACAACAAGCUGACAGCGAGCCUGUACCACUUGCUGCUGGAGGACCGUGGGGGCGGGGCUAAGGAAGUGGGAGGAGCCUCAGUUGAUCACCUGUCGCUGCUUGCCCACCUGGCCUCCCUCUCCCUCUGCCACCCGCCCAUGACCAUGGUUGCUACCAGCAACAGCCAGCUGCCAAAGCUCCGCCCUUUCCAGCCACUCCACUUGUCGCUGCCGUGCGACAUCCACCUGCUGAACCUGAGGACGCUGGAGGACACGCAGGAAGCAGAUACACCAUCACAGGAAACCGCCCUGUUCCUCCACAGGAAGGGGUUUGACUGUAACACCGCCCCCGAGCCGGCGCCUCAGUGCACGUGGAGCGAGCAUGAAGAGGUGAACCUGGACGACCUUUUCUCUCCGCUUCAGUUCCGAUCAGUCCGUCGGUCGGGUCUCACGCUGCUGCGAGCUGACGACGAGCCAGAGACUGCCCAACAACAGCAUCCGCCGCGCAUCGCACAGCUGCGGCCAAUGGAAAUCAGCGCUUUCCGCGUACAAAUGGACUGAAAUGCUGACGCUGCUGCAGCCACUGAGCAGAGAUUGGUACUCAUGGUUCUCACAAUCAGAGAGCAGACAAACAGGGACUGAAAAAAGUCACAUUUAAGGUGAAAAGAAGCAGAAAAUUAAAAGAUUUAACAGAGAAUUUUUUUUUAAAUUUUUUUUUUUUAUCUCAGAUGAUUGUCAGACUCUGAGAGAAAAUCCUUCAGGGACCAAAACAAAACAGGAAACAAAUAGUAAGAAAGGAUUCUUUCAAAAUAAAAGCCAUGAUGUUUUCUAAUUUUAGUCCAAUCAAAGGUCACAUUAUUUAUUCAAAUGAAGAAACACUGAAACUGUGACCGGUUGGUUUGUCCGUUCGGUGUCCAAUGAGCGUGUGCGAGAGUGUUUCUAUGGUGAUGGUCUGUUACUGCUGUUUUACCUGUGAGAGUGGAAGUGUGUGUAAUUUUGUCUCAUUGCUCUGCUUCUAAAUGCACAUAUUGAUUUUUUUUUUUUUUUUAAUGAUUUAGUUUGUUGUCGCUGUGAAAAGAGUAGUUGCAGGGAAUUCUGGGAAAGCUUUUUUUAAUGUAGAGAUUGUCUUGGGUGAAAGAAAAAAACAAACGAUUUGUUAAAAUGCUUUUACUGCUGGAUAAAUUUGUGUUAAUAUAAAUAAAAAAAGUUUUUUUAUA